AUGUUCUUAUAUUAUAAACGAUCCGAUACUUUCAAUUAUACGCCAAACGGUGAUCCAAACGGCAAUAAUAAUUCAAAUAACGAUAUCCUUUCCUAUACUACGCAAAGGUCUCAACAAAAUAAUUUAUCAUCAUCUAGUCAUCAAAAUCGAAAUUCUGAACGUCAUGAACAAUAUAAUACGAAUCAUUCCAAUUCUGAACGUAAAUCAACAACUCGACCAAGUAAAAAACGAAAACAAUUACAACAACAAGAAAUUAUUCGAACAGAAUUAAUUCCAGGUCAUCGUGGUGAUCGUGACGUUGAUGAACUUGUCAUGUUUAUCGAUGGAAAUUCAUCAUCAAAACAACAACAACGACAUAAUACAACAGCUCCCUUACGUUUAACAGAUACAAAUAGUAAUAAUACUACUACAACAUCAACUCGAAGAAAAUCUCGUAAACCAAUUAAAAUUCUUCAAGAAUCAUCAAUUAAUAAUAAUAAUGAAAAUAAAACAUCACCGAUUGAUGAAGAUACACAAUCAAUUGGUUUUAUUGAUGAAGAUGAUGAAACAACAUCAACAGCAACAGUAACAUCAACAACAACACAUUCCCUUGAUAAUAAAUAUAAUGAACAGAAUACGACUAAUACUAGUCUUUCAAAUGAUGAUGAAUCUCAUUCAAUUACAAAUGACAUUAAUUCGACCAAUAAUUCUAAUACGACUAAUGGCGAAAUAACAUUACCAGAAUGGUUUGAACCAAUUCGUAGUACAUCUCCAGUUAAUGAUGAUAAUGAUUCAUUUUCAUUAUCAUCGACAACAUUAAAUAAUUCGAACAGUGAAAUUAUUUCAGAACCAUUUGUAACUGUAACACAUCGUCGUCGUUUAACAAAAGAACGUCGUCAAGAUUCAAAUCCAUCAUCAUCAUCACGGACAUCACAUUUUCCAUUAUCUUCUUCUUCUUCGCAUAAUAAUAAUAACAAUAAUAAUGAUAAACGUCGUUUUCAACAAUCGUCUUCAAUACAAAAUGAAAAUGUACGUUCAACCAUACGUAAUGGCCCUUUAAAUACACAACCAUAUGUUAAUACAGCAACAAAAGAAGAAAAGAUUGAUUCACCUUCACAAACAGUAUCUCAAACAUCAGUACUACAAUCACCACCACCAUCACAACCGCCAGCGCUGCCUGUGCCACCUACAUCAUCCAUAUCAAAUAAUUCAACUGAACAAAGAUCACCUCGUUUAUCAUCUCAAUCAUCAUCGUCAUCAUUAUCAUCAUUACUUAAACGACAAUCAAAACCACCACCAGUAGUUUUUCUAAAUAAAUCUGUAGAUGUUGAAUUAAAUGAUGUUUCAUUUGGUUUUGAUGUUGAUAAUCCAAUAAUAGAUGAUAAACCUUUAACACCAACAUUAUCAUCUCCACCACCUCCACCAUCAACUGAAAAAGAGCCUGAAAUUUUAUCAUCUACACAAUCAAAUGAUUUCUUAAUAAAUUCUAAAUCAUCUUCAUCUCGACGUUCUUAUCAAUCACAACAACAACAACAACGAGGUAAUCGUGGACCAUUCUUUUAUUCCGGUCCAGAUAUUCGUACACAUAAUCAUCGAAAUUAUCCAUCACAAACACCAGUCACACAACCAUCAUAUAUUGAUCCAGUUCUUCUACAACAAUAUAAUCAACAACGUUUAGCUAAUUAUUCUCAACAAUUAGCUUAUAUGAAUUUAUUUCGUACACAAUAUAUGCAUUCUCAACAACCAUAUAUUCUAAUACCAACAACAUAUACAGCAACAAAUGAUAAUGAUCAAGAUGAAAAAAUUCUUGAUGAUGAAACAAUUUCAACAUCGGAACAUAUUCAAGAACCAUUACUUGUUUAUACACCUAUUCCAACACAAUUAGGACCAAUUUAUCUUCAACAAACUAAAAAAUUAUCUAAUGAUCUUGAACAACAAAUGCCUAUUCCAACUAUUUAUCCACAACAAUAUUAUUAUCCACCACAAACAUCACAUCCAGCAUAUUUUCAACCAAUAUCAUCACCAACAUUAAUACUUGAUACGAAAUUUCAACAAGAUGGUUCGGAUGAUGAACAAGAAGAACAAGAUAAUAAUUAUGAGAAAUCUACAAGAUUAUUUCAUCAAACAAGACAACAAUCAUCAUCACAUAUUAUGUCGAAUGCAUUACAACUUGUUUAUAGUCAAGAAAGACGAAAUGCACAAACAGAUCAUUUUAAUCUUGAUCAAUUAACUGCUUAUUUAGCAAUGAAAUGGACAGAUACUAUAGAUCACUAUGAACAAGGUAAUAUUUUCGAAAUAAAGAUAUAA